AUGGAUUCUUAUCCAUCUUCCCAUUCCUCAAAAUUUGUUGACUUACUUAAUAGCCAACAAAACAUUUCGUUUGGUAACUAUGAAGAGAGUGUCUCACUAUCUUCAUCACAAGCUGUUGGAACCGAAGAUGGUGUAGAGACUGGUACACAGCGUAGAGAAAGGCAGGAGUGGACGCCUGCGGAUGAUAUUCUGCUGAUUAGCUCGUGGCUUAACACAAGAAAAGAUCCUGUGAUUAGCAACGAGCAAAGAUCAUGCACUUUCUGGUCAAGAGUAGCAACUUAUUUUGCGGCAAGUCGUCAAGAUGGUGUCUGCGAGAGAGAGGCCAUGCAUUGCAAGCAACGUUGUCACAAGAUCAAUGAUCUUGUGUGCAAGUUCUGUGGAGCCUACGAAGCUGCAAGCAGGGAGAAGACCAGCGGUCAAAACGAGAAUGAUGUGCUCAAACUAGCACAUCAAAUAUUCUACACCAACCAUAAGAAUAAAUUCCUCUUGGAACAUGCUUGCACUACAAGAAAACAUUGA